AUGAAUAAGCAGGGCCAUUCUCAAAAAUCAUCACAGUACUCGAAUCGGGCACUUGAAGAAACACAAAAAAGGACUGAAAUUUUCCUUAAAAAAUUCAUCAGAAAAAAAAGUGAGUCUUCUCCGGAUAAUCCGAUCCCGUUUACAAAAGAAGAUUAUGAAACCAUCAAAGUACUGAUAACAAAUUUAAAUAAUUUUGGGGUAGAGCUUUCACAAGAAAACCGAAUGGAAUCUUACAAGUUGGCUUAUCAGCUGUUUAUUAAGGCAGAAAAAUUAGGGCUGAUUUUGUCCAAAAAAAUUUCAAUGCUUCCUGAAAAUUCUUUUCAUUCACAAUCUGUUGCAAAAUUAAGAAGCUUGACGUAUAAUAAUUUGGGGUGCUAUACCAAUUUAUAGCCAAUAGAAAUCACUGAUAUUUUUAUUAAAGUAAACAGAUAGCCGGGAAAUUUUAUUUAUUGUGAAUGGGAUAUUUUUAAAAGCAGAGACAAAUUAGUGACCGCUUUUGAGUUUUUAGAAAAAGCUAUGCAGAUUGAAAAACAAGCAGAGCUAGGAGAUUUUGAAAUAGCUACGACUUAUCUUAAUAUCUGUUCAGUACUAAGCAAAUUAAAUAGGCAUGAAGAAGCUUUGAUGUAUUCUGAAGAAUCUGUAGUUUUGCUUGAAAAAGCAGAUGAGGAAGAAGAACGUAACCCUGAAGAAGUAGCCAAAUUCUUAGCGACAGCUUAUAAAGUUUAUGCUGAAGAGCUCGAAUUCAUGAGCAGAAUCAAAGAGUCAAAAAUUUUAUUACAAAAAGCUUACGAAACAAGUCGCGAAAUUUUAGGUGAAAAUAACCCUUUAACCCAAAAUUUAGCUGAAAAAUACGAAAAUUUCAAAAACAAUUACGAAGACGAUUUAAUGAAUUUUCCAAAAAAUAAAGAGCCUUUUAUUAAAAAUAGACAAGAUUUGGACGCAUUAUCAAAUAUUCCUAGCUAUAAAAGCAUAGGAACAGCUGAAUUUGGAAAUGAGAGGCAAGAAAGCUUGAGACCAAAUAAACAAGCAUUGGGGUCUCCUUUAAAUGUCCCGAGUUAUGCAAGUUUAGCGCAGGUUGAGCUAUCAAACGAUAAACAGUCACGAGAAAUUGUUGUUUUAGCCCAAUCUUAUAGAGUUUUUCUUAAUGAGAGACAUAAAGUCAUAAUUUUAGAUAAAGAAGAGCAGGAAAAUGUAAAAAUUUUGGUUGUGCCGAAGACGAAAUUUCCAAUAUAUAGAGUAUCAGUGUCUUAUGCAGAUUUAAAUGAUUUAUUAAGGAUGAAUAUAAGAAAAACUCCAUUACUUACUCCACCCUACUCCGUAAGCGAAGAAAACCACUGAAAAAUUCCUAUUUUUUAGCCAAAACUCACCAAACAAAAUUUUUUUAAUAUAAUAUUUUUAUGAUAAAAUAUUUUAAAAUAUUGUUAAUUAAUAUAAUGAAUUCUCUUGCUAAAACUGUUAAAUUUUUAAACAAAUUUCAUUUUAAAGUAUUGCAAAUUAAAUUAACUUUUGCGAAUAGGGAUUUUUUUUUUUAAAAAAAUUCUAUAAAAUUUAUAUUUAAAUUUAAAAAAAAUAAACCAUCCUUCUUUGAGUACAAAAAUUUUUUUGUUACUCCUGGAGGGAAGUUAUAGAAAAAGAAGAACUUCGGGGAUACAUGGAAGAAUUAAUGAAUUUGUUAUACAAUUUAUAUUUGAAAAAUACAAAUUUUAUUAAAUGUAGAUACUUAUUUUAGAGAGUAUUUUAUAUUAAUAUUUCCAAUAUUUUUUAGCAAUUAUUAAAUAUUUGUUUAUAUAUUGAUGGAGGAAAAUUAAAAAUCCAUCACUUAGACGAAAGUCUAAGAGAAAGUGAAAUCAACUAUGUGUUAAGUAAAAAUUCAAGACCAGGAAGUGCUUCAAGAAAAUUUAUGACUUUUACAACAGAAAAGCAAGGCGCUAAAUAUUCAGUUACCAUGGCAGUUCCUGAAGAAAACAAAGUAGACACAUGGAAGCAAAAAUAUAUCCCAUCAUUUGAUUUAGAUGAACAGCUUUAA